AUGAAAUUCUUUACGGUAUUAUUCUUUAUCGCUUUCGCCGUGGUCCUUGUUAAUGGCCAACGAGGUGGACCUGGCGGACGUGGUGGUCCACAACUAGGCGGUGGUCCUGGCGGUCCUGUUGGUCUUGGUGGUCCAGGUGGUCCUGGCGGUCCUGGUGGUCUUGGCGGCCCUGGUGGUCCUGGCGGUCCAGGUGGUCCUGGUGGUUUUGACGGCCCGGGUGGUCCUGGCGGUCCUGGCGGUUGUGGCCCACUUAAUUCCACUACUGUUGCACCAGCUGCCAACUCAACUGUUACACCCUCAGUUGUUGCCAGCUCAACUGUUGCAGCGAAUUCAACAACUACUACGACCACAGAGGCUGCAUAA